UCUUGCAAUUUAAAACUCGAAUUAUCAGCAGUGCUAAUGAAAAAAAGUGAAAACAAACUUGAAGAAAAGUAAUCUACAGCUUAUCUAAAGUAACUUGUAGGUCUAAAAAGAGACCUCCACUCAAUCCUGAGCUGUUUCGCAUCCCCUUUAUCAGAAUUCUCUCCAGCGACGCCUUGUGAUAACGUAAUUAACAUAUGCUUGUGUUUUUGUUUGCGGCUUUUUGCGAUAAUUUAAACAAACACAAUUGCACACCAAGUGUUGAUUAACCUCUACGUGGUUUAGAGGGUCAAAUAAAAACGAAUUGCACUUGGCACUCGCAAUUAAUUCCACAACUGCGUCCAGUGCCACCACAACAUGGUCAACGUCACCGAGGAUGUUUUCGCCACCGGCGCCGUAAAUCCGUUCACCAAGAAACAGGAGGACAUCAAGCGCUUCACCUUGACCAAUGGCAGCGGUCUGUCCGUCCAGUUGAUUAGCCGUGGUGCCAUCAUCACGAGCAUAAAGACCCCGGACUCCCGUGGCCAGUUGGAUGACGUGACGCUCGGUUUUGAUGACCUGCCGGGUUAUCAGAGCGAGCGGAAUCCGUAUUUUGGUGCCACCAUUGGACGUGUGUGCAACCGCAUUGGAGGCGGACGCUUCGAGCUGGAUGGCAAGGUGGUGGAGGUGUCCAAGAAUCGGGACAACAAGUUCCAGCUACACGGCGGUUUCGUGGGCUUUGACAAGGCCCACUGGGAGGUCGUUUCGGUUCGGCAGGAUGGCGUAACUCUCUCACACACCAAUCCCGAUGGACACGAGGGAUAUCCGGGUACGGUGAAGGCGACAGCUAGCUUCACUCUCAGCGAGGAUAACUGCCUGCAUGUCCGGAUGACGGCUGAGAGUGACAAACCGACGCCUGUGAAUCUCACCAAUCACUCGUACUUCAACCUGGCUGGCCACAAAGCCGGCGCCAAUGGUCUUUACGAACACACCAUCGAGAUUAAUGCAUAUGGUAUAACCGAAACGGAUAAGGAUUCCAUACCCACCGGGAAGAUCACACUUGUGGAUGGGACAUCCUUUGAUCUGCGCGUACCCAGCAACCUAGGAGAGCGUCUCAAGGAGCUGCAGCCAGCCCGCGGAUACGAUGACAACUUCUGUGUGACAUUCAGUCCGCCGCAACCGUUGGCCAAGGUGGCCAGGGCCACACAUCCGCCCACCGGACGCUGGCUGGAGGUGGUGAGUAAUCAGCCAGGCGUGCAGUUUUACACAUCCAACUUUAUGCCGGAUGUGGAGCGGGGCGAGACGCCGAUUCCCGGCAAGGAUGGAGCGCAGUAUGCCAAGCACGGUGCCUUCUGUCUGGAGACGCAAAAGUUCCCGGACUCUGUGAACCACAGCAACUUUCCCACAACGAUUCUAAGGCCCGGCGAGAGUUACAGCCACGAAGUCAUCUACAAGUUCGGGGUCUGUCACUAAGUGAUGAGCACCUUAUCUGAUCCAUAUAUAUAUAUAAUGUAUGUAUAUCCGUUUAACGAUAAUAACCAAUAAACCGAAAGUCACGAAAGUCAUUCAUAAAAUCGG